UUAGCUUUCUUCCUUCUCACUUCGAAGGUCAAACAAAUAAUUCGUUGAGGGGAGCUUUAUGCUAUACGGGUGAGAAAUCAAGCUACGAUGGACCACUUUAAGCUAUUCUUCGCUUUUUUAUCUCUCAUACCAUCCAUUUCUUUCCUUGAUGCCUCGAAUAUAAGACUUCGACCGGAUACACGGGGUUAUGUUUGGGGAGUUAUACAAGUCUACCACAAUGGUCAAUGGGGAACAGUGUGUUACGAUAGCUGGGAUUGGAAUGAAGCCCAUGUUGCCUGUCGACAACUUGGUUUCACCAAAGCUGUAAAUUACGACUACGAUGGACGAGGAGAGGGACCAGUCUGGUUGGACGACAUGGCAUGUACAGGUUCAGAAGCCUCACUUCAGGACUGCUCUCACCCUGGAUGGGAAGUUGUGAACUCUCACUGCAACAGUCACACAAAUGAUGCUGUUGUUGAAUGUUCUGGUUACACAGGAAACGCCGCCAGUAAUAUACGAUUGCUUGGUGUUUCUGGUAUUGUUCAGGUGUACCAUGGUGGAAAAUGGGGAACAGUGUGUGAUGAUUCCUGGGGUUGGGAUGAUGCCAAGGUUGCGUGUAGACAACUAGGUUUCAUCAAAACUGUAUAUCCUUGGUGUUGUGGACAUGGAGAGCAAGGUAAAGUCUGGCUGGACGACAUGGUGUGUACAGGAUCAGAGGCAUCACUUAAGGACUGUCCUCACGCUGGUUGGGGAGUUGUUAGUUCUUACUGCAACAAUCACAAUGAUGAUGCUGUUGUUCAAUGUUCUGGAUCGCAAGUCCGUCUACAGGGCGGAACUUACGAAAAUGAAGGUCGCGUCGAAAUCAAAUAUGGUACCUGGGGGAAUAUUUGUAGUAAUGGAUUUGGUACAAAUGAAGCUAAUGUUGUCUGCAAAAUGCUUGGAUAUCAAGGAGCAAUAACAGCAAAAAGUUAUGAUCAACUCUCUUAUACAGCAUGGCUGAAAGAUGUUUCAUGCCAUGGAAACGAAAAUUCAACCGACGAAUGUACUCACUCUAGCUUUGCAAGCCAAUCUUGUCCCAACAGCAAAAUUGCUGGAGUCGUUUGUUAUGCAAAAAAAGGUCACAUGCACACCCUUUUAAAGCAAGAUACAAACUCAAAGCACAGCUUUAUCUGAUUGCGAUGGAUAUGGGGAGCAAGGUAAAGUCUGGCUGGACGAUAUGGCAUGUACAAGCUCAGAGGUUUCACUAAGGGACUGUCCUCACGUUGGUUGGGGAGUUGUUAGCU